AUGAAGUUUAUUGGAGAUGGAAUUGGUGGCUCCUUGGUUAUGCAUCAAUACAGUGAUGAAGAAAUGAAUAGUUUCAAAAAGUAUCCGAUUGUAAAUGUUUCGUCUGCAGAUGAGUUGACUUUAUUUGGGGUUUAUUCAUUGAAUUUGACUAAUGCAUGGUAUGGAGAGGAUGAUACGUUCUUCUUGUACCUGUCCUACUUUAUGGGUGUCUUUAAUGCAGUUCCUGAUUAUUUGAAUUUAUUAUUGUUAGAUAAUUCGAAUAGUUUCGUACCAAUGCCGAACGAAAUUAGAGAAAGAAUAUUCGUCAAGACAGUAAACGCAACAUUUAGAGAUUAUCAAAAUACCCUCCAAAAUAACAUUCUCUACAUGGGAACUUUCGGCAAGUUUAUUACUCAAAAAUCAGAAAUGAACACCUAUGUCAACAUUUCAUAUCCUCAAGUGGUCAACUAUGAAAUGGACACUUCUUUGAAUCAAACACUUGAUGUGUAUUAUUACAAUUUUUAUGGAUCCAUUCCAAUAGGAAAUCCAUUAAGAUACAAGAUGGUUGCUGUCACUGAUCAAAUUAAUUAUCCUAAUCCUUCCUAUAUUUCACUUUACAAGUUCAAUGUAAUUGGAUCAGAGAAUCAAAAAUUAGAUUAUAAUGGAUAUGGUUUGAGAAAUUAUGUAUUCUACUUUGAUGCAGACAAGUUAUUAGAUUAUUAUUCGAAACAAUUUAAUGAAACUUUGCAAAUUGAAACUCUUGCUUGUGGUUACCAAAAGGAGAGAACUAAUAGUUAUGUAGAUAAUGGUCGAUCCAAAGUCAAUCUCAAGGAAGGAACACUCACAUGUGAUGAUACUAUUGGAAAUGAUGUAAAAUCUGUCACCAUUAUGGUCAAGACCAUUAAGACAAUCAGUUCAUCAACACCACACCAAAGUUCUGGAAAGAUUCCUGUUGAUGAGAGUACAAUUAUAGUUGCAGUGACUGCAUCUGCUUUUGGAGCAUUGUUGAUAGUGGUUGGAAUUAUUACUAUUGUUGCAAUGAUUUGUUGUUUGAGAAGAAACAAAAAGUACAGUGAAAUUCAAUAA